GCAUAAUUCAGUAAACAUUGAGAAAUGGUGGUGAAGAACGUGGGGCAUAUGAAUGCUGGAGAUGACGAAUCCAGCUACGCCAACAAUUCUGCCCUUCAAAAAGGUGUGAUAUUAAGAACAUUGCCUGUUUUAGAUGACACCCUCAGAGAUAUGUUUGCUGCUGCUGAAAGCUGCUUCCCAAAAUGCUGGAGGAUGGUAGAUUUGGGCUGUUCAUCAGGGCCCAACUCUGUUUUUGUCAUCUCCCACAUCCUGGAUACAGUUGAACAGUUGUGCAGUAAGAAAAAUUUUACUGGAUCGGACAACUCACCUGUAUUUGAGGUGCUUUUGAAUGAUCUUCCAGACAAUGACUUUAACAACCUCUUCAAGUUGAUUCGUGGUCAGGCGAUUGGUAAGAAUAAGAAGGGACGGUGUUUUUUGUAUGGCUUGCCUGGAUCUUUUUACGACAGGCUGUUUCCCAGCAACAGCCUUCACUUUGCUUAUUCAUCCUACAGUCUUCACUGGCUUUCUCAGAUUCCUGAAGGACUGGAGCGUAACAAUAAAGAGAAUAUAUACAUGGCAAGAACAAGUCCUCCAGAGGUAUUUGAAGCUUAUGCGAAGCAAUACCAAAGAGACUUCUCCACGUUUUUGAGGUUGAGGAGUGAAGAAAUGAUAGCUGGUGGACGUAUGGUUUUGACAUUUAUCGGCAGAAGUGUUGAAGAUCCCUCUUGCAAAGAUCAUUCCGCCCAUUACACUUUGCUUUCACAAGUACUUCUGGAUAUGGUGGCUGAGGGACAAGUGAAGAUGGACGAUCUGUACUCUUUCAAUGUGCCUAUCUACAUGCCCUAUGAAGAAGAAGUGAAGACAGUGAUACAAAAUGAAGGAUCCUUCAACUUGGACAAGAUGCACGUUUUUCCUGUCCGUUGGGAUGCCCAAGACAACAUACUCAACUAUGAAAAUAAUAUAAUUUUCGAUAAACAUAGGAGUGCGAAAUUAGCGGCAAAUUGUGUUAGAGCUUUCAUGGAACCAAUGGUGGCUGCCCAUUUCGGAAGCUCCAUUGUUGAUGACCUAUUUGGAAGAUAUGCAGAGAAAAUGGGAGAGCAUUUGUCUGAACACAAAUAUUCAUCAUACUACACUAUACUCAUUUCCUUAUCUAGGAAAUGAAAGUAACAUGACUUAUUAGGUUGCCAGAAAAUGAUUUGAAUUUUGGGCUAUAUAGAUAUUGUAUUAAUGAUCUGAAGAAAAUAAUGGUGUCCCAUAUUCUUGUGGACAAUAAUUGGAGUAUGGGAAAUUUGCCUUGGCAAAAGAAUUUUUAUCAGUUAGAUUUACAACAUCUAUGUACACGAGACAAUUGAAUCAAUUGAACUUUUUGAUCUCAUAUA